GAAAAUCCUAUAUAAACGAGUUUGUAAAUAAACAAAAAACCCGUCAUAACAUCUUACUUAAGUGAAAGACUUUCGUAGUUAAAGUUCGUCCAAAUUUGACAGUACAACCAUGGAACCGGGUCAGAUUUUGGCAAAAUAUGAAGAGGCUGUGGGAGAAUUUGAGGCUUUAUUAUCUGUCUCGAGUAAUGGUACUAUGGCUGAGAUCGUACAAAAAUAUCAAGAUUGUAUUUCACGUAUUGGGUCGCUAAUGACAAUUGAAACAGACCAGCAACUACAGCCUAUAUUAGGUACAAUCUCAUGCCAUACGACACUAAUGUGCCAGAAAAUGUACGAUACAAACCUAGCCCAACUACCAGACACUUGUAAAACUGGACAGUCUAAAUAUCCUGAUUCAACGAGGAAAGAUACAUUGAAAAGAAGAGAAGCUAUCCAAGCGACUCUGCGACCAACAUACGGACAUGGGUUGACGGACGUAAUAGGCCUUGAAAAUGUUAAGUCGGAACUUAGAAAGUCCAUUAUACUGCCUCUUCAGUUUCCUUCUCUUUUCACUGGAGGAAGAAAACCGUCAUGCCAUAUACUUUUAUACGGCCCACCGGGAAAUGGCAAAUCAAAAAUCGCAUCAGCAAUAGCCGAAGAGGCAAAGGUGUCUUUAUACUGUAUUUCUAGCGCUGACUUGCUAUCUUCUUGGGUAGGAGAAUCAGAAAAGAUGAUUAAAGAACUGUUUGAUUAUACUAAAACAUCAAACCAGAAAUGUAUAGUUUUCAUAGAUGAAAUUGACAGCAUAUGCAGAAGACGUGAUGACCGAGAAGCAGACCACAGUAGAAGGUUAAAAAACCAGCUACUCAUAGAGUUGGACAGUAACUUGAAUAAUCCGAAAUCCAAUUGUAUUGUCCUUUGCGCGACCAACUGUCCCUGGGACAUAGAUGUGGCUUUUCUGAGGCGUUUCCAGGGAAGGAUACAUGUACCACUGCCUGACAGGGAAUCUCGCCUUUUGUUACUCAAAGCCAAAAGCAAAGGAGUCAGUAUUAACAUGAGCCCAGAAGACUGGAAGACGAUUGUAGACAGAACGGAGGGCUACUCGGGAUCGGAUCUGACUAACGUCGUCGGAUAUGCAAUUCAGGAGCCAAUAAGUGAAUUGGACAAAAGCCACUUUUGGAUUUUAUCUAAAGAUUCAAAAUGGCUUCCUUGCACUUCUGAAACGCUCGGAUGUCUCAAAGGGCCUCUUUCAAGCAUACCACCAGACAAGGUAUUAUACAGGGUUCUAAUUUUGAAAAUAAAGUUAUUCAUUCAUAACUUUCUAAAUUUAGGUAUCUAUCCGGAGUGUGAGGCUCAAGGACUUCGCAAAAGCUUUGUUAGUCAUACCCAAAACAGUUUCAAGUAGCGAUGUUGAAAAAUAUAAAAU